GGCGAACUCUGAGAGGCAGUUCAGGCCCUCUGUCGUGGCUGCCUGGUCGGACACAUAAAUCACUUAUUUGCAACGAUGAACCGUGUGAUUGCAGUACUGGCUACCUUUGCCGCGCUGGGCAAUGCGUUUGCACCGGUGGCUUCGCCGAGAGCAGCCGUGCGCGUGCAGGUGGGCGUCCCUCGCAUUGAUCUGCCGGCACAAGUCGUCCACAUCCAGCGUCCAUAACAUGCGCACCGUUGCGCGUAGCGCCGCGCACUGCGUGUGCAAUAAUGAGGUGCAUUUGUGCAAAAUUCAAAUCACCGCGGGAACGCGUCUCUCGUCUCGCAACGAGCGAUUUCCGUUGUCGCAAAUUCAUGCACACACCCCACGCGCAGUCCGACGGCAUCAAGUCCGUCGACCUCAAGUCGCCCAACGAGCUCACGGAGGAGGAGUCACUCGCCGCGUCCCGUAUUCGCCCAAGCUUUUCCAUUUUGAGACAUUGACGCUGGCCUCGUGUCGACACCGCACGAGCUCGACGCCAUCGCGCAGAUGACGUCGCGUCGAUGGCGUCGUGUUACUUAAUCGCGACGACGGCGCGCAGGUACAACUCCUACAGCGGCGCGGCCAUCGGCGGCACGUUAUUGAUGCUGAUCCCCGUGGCCUACUACGACGGCCUGCUCUUCGAGUUCGCCAAGUCCUUCGCGAUCUCGGCGCUCCUGGGCGGCGGCCUCGGCGCCUACCUGUCGCUCCGCAAGGACGGCGUCGGCGAGAAGGCGGGCGAGUUCGGCUCGGCCGUGGUCAACAAGGUCAAGGAGAUCUAA